AUGACAUUAGCUACUAAUCCAGCACCGCUGAUGGAUUCUUUGGACCUUCCCCAUACUGAUGCGGGGCCUGAUCACAACGGAAUCUUGUCCCAUCCAGCAUCUGCAUCUCAGAGUGGGAAAAAUAAUACAGCAGAUCUGCCGACUACCUGUGAAAAUUGCGGUCCUGCCACACCAGGCAACGACGUGAAGGAGCUUCUCAAGACGUUGGUAGCUGGUCAAAAUGAAUUGAUUUCUAUCCAAAGGGCUAAGGGUGGUGACAAUGACGAAGGCACCGCUACACAACCAUCAAACGGCCCAAGGGAUGAAGCAGAUUUUCAAGAAAUAGCCAUUAAGCGGGUUUCACCAGGGAAAUGGCGGAAAAUCAAAAGGGAGCGGAAAAUUAUCCCUCAACAAAGCGUUCUCCUAGUCUCCUCGAAAGCAAAUGCUAGGUCCCAACAACGACACCGAGCUCUCAAACUAUCAAAUUCCGCGGACAAAAGCGCCACGGAGAGUAGUACUGAUACUAGCCCAUUUGAUGUUCCAUACCGCCUUGCCAUAAAUUCAUCCUACCUUUUAGAUGUAUUAAGCCAACUCACCGGUGAAAGCAUCACUGAGAGCCGAAAUGUCUUCGUGCGUCCGUUCAAGUACCUCGUGGCGUACGAGUCCGAUAUUCGACAGUUCCUCAAGGAGGCUGAAGCAACCUACGACCAGGUCAUCUCGAAGCUGAGUGAAUUGACUCAGGAUAAUCCGGAUGCUGUCGUUACCGUAGCCAGCUCAACCAAGCAGCUGAGUGGAGAUGAGAAAAUUAAACGAGAAACUCAAAAAGGGACUCAUGAUUCCCUCAUAGAAGAUGCCAAGAAAGCAGUUUCGUGUGCAGGAAGAGAAAUGAACCAACUCCGUUGUCUUGUGGAGUUCAUGGACAGAGACAUGCACGAUAUUUUUGAUGCCAAACACCGAAUUUCCAACUCCAGUCUCACAGAGAUCCCAUUUGAACAUCUAUGGAUGUUGUACAAACCUGGAGCCAUUAUCCUUGGUUCAAAAUCAGAUGAAUAUAGUGGUCGGCAUCAGGCCUAUCGAAUUCUAAAUAUUGCAGGGGGGAGAACAUACUUUGAUAGUGGUUUUAAAGCUGUAUACACAGGUAUAAUCGAUCAGAUUGGGGACUCAGAUUCGGAGAAUGAAGAGAAAUGCCGCGAUGCUAUCAAGUGUUCUGGCAUGGACAUGACAUGUUUCAUCAUUGACGCCUUCUAUAUCGACUUCGAUGGUGGUAAACUGGGUCCCCGACCAAUACGAUUCGCCAUUCCGCCAUACAACGGUACCAAACCCAUAAGUACAUUAGUACCUUUUCCGCUUCUCCCCGGUUCGGAGAGUCAACAAAUACAACAAAGCCUUCUUGAGCGAGGACGCCGUUUUGUGAAGCUUGUUCCGGGUGCCCAUAAAAAGUACUCGGGUAGCACGAUCCAAGAAGGGAAUCAAACCACGAGGGGCUAUAACAAUUGGCUUAUUAAACAGACCGAGCUGCACAGUGAGAUCAUGAUAGACCAGGCAGCUGGGGUCGAGCAUUUUAAACAAAGAGUAUAUCGUUUUGGUAGAAAUCUGAAAUUCGGAGGCGGUUCCAUCGCUAGGUCCACUCCACAAGACAAGAGGGAGACGUUUGAUGCACUCCCAGAACAAGAAGACGGUAGUUGGGUUACAGACGUCUUCGAAGACUCUAAAUUUGAAGAAGACCGUCAAAAUGAAUAUCGCCGAUCCACCGACCUUCUUGGUUUCCGAACGUUACUCUCAGUCUCAGUUUCAGAUAACCACCUGAUGCUUCUCCCUCCUCGAGUUUAUGGAUAUGGCCUUCUUGACCAUAAAUGGCUUCCCCUUGAUAUCAAUUUGGUGGAGGAUUUAUUAGCACGCGAGGAUCGCGUGAAUCGGGCUAGAUUUGAAGAUCUUGUUCUACCAGAGGGUCAUCGAAUGAUCCUUCAGGCGUUAAUUAAAAACCAAGUGGAACAGCCUAAGGUCUCCGGAGAACAUGAUGGGACAGGCGAACCGUUUUCAAUGGAUGCAGUCCCUGGUAAAGGUAGAGGACUUAUCAUUCUGUUACAUGGUGCACCUGGAGUUGGCAAAACGUCUACCGCCGAGUGUGUAGCGGCCCAAUUAAAGCGUCCAUUAUUACCAAUUACUUGCGGCGAUAUUGGCACAACUGCUGAAACAGUUUCGCAAACACUUGAGUCAUUCUGUGCUUUGGCACAUAGGUGGAGAUGCGUAUUGCUUCUCGACGAGGCCGACGUUUUCCUCGCAAAAAGGGAGAAAGGGGACAUAAUACGCAAUAGUCUCGUUUCAGUUUUCUUGCGGGUGUUGGAGUAUUACUCUGGGGUUAUCAUUCUGACCACAAAUCGCGUUGGUGAAUUCGAUGAGGCGUUUAGAUCCCGAAUUCAUAUGAGUCUGUACUACCCAAAGCUUGACGAAAUCUCAACCAAAGAGAUCUGGGAAAAGAAUAUUCAACAUAUCAAGAAAAGCGGUGGCGACAUCGACAUCGAGGAGGAUAAGCUUAGGCGCUUUGCCAAUAAGCAUUGGCAGGACAAUAAGUAUAAACCUUCACGACGCUGGAAUGGUAGACAGAUCAAAAACGCUUUCCAGACUGCUCUCGCGCUUGCCAACUGGGAUUUUCGCGAAGGAAAAGACAGUGCCAAACUUCAACGACCUCAGGUUAAGGUAGCCCAUUUCAACCGCAUAGCUCAAACCAGCGCUCAUUUCGACGAUUAUAUCAGUGACAUCCAUGGAAUCCAGGAAGAAGACACGUACGGAAUCCUUGCCGAACGGGAGGAAGUUAGAAAGGAUAAUUACGAACCAUCCCCCGAAAAACAAUCCAUGCAAGGAAGCCGCCCGAGGAAGAAUCCACCACCCAGGCGUCAUGGCAUCAGUCGACGCAACACGGGGGCACUCCAGAGUAGAAAUUACGGCUAUGAUGACUUUGAUAAUGAAUCCCCCGAGGAUGACAUUGAGCUUUUGAAGUUGAAACUAGAACUGGCCAAGUUGAAAAAGCAAAAGGGAUUGAAUGACAAGGCGGAAUCGUGCCAGGUUAGUGACGACAAUGACGAGGAAGCCUGGUGA